UUGGCAGUUUUUAAGUUUUAAGUUUUCUUUACCUUCAUGUUGAUAUUUAUAAUAAAUUACUUUCCUUAAAGGCAAAGUACUUUUCCACAUGACCAAGAAAUACCACAAAAAGACUAAAAUAAGCGUACUGUACGGCAGGGGAUGAGAGACAGAAUAUAUAGCAGUGAAAAUUACUUUGUGACAUUUCAGUUCCACAGUUGGACAGUGAAUCAAGUGACAGAACAGACAAUUAGAUGCUAAUCCACUCCAGCUCACAGAAGGUUUAAGGCAAUAAUAUAACUUAAUAAAAUAUACGGUACAUAUCCUUCAGACACAGUAUUUCAGUGUUGAACAACAAAAAAGACGGACAGACAAAAGCAGGAAGUGAGGUUUUAGGCAGCAACGUGUUGUUGACCCUGCGUGUGUGUCCAUGUGAACGGCUCGGCCUUCUCCAGUAGAAACCUCCAGCUUUGCAUCAGUCAGGUUCACUAGACUAUUGCUCACCUCCUCAGCCUGACAGAAGUUUGGGUCUCUGUCUUUUUAUGCAUAAAAUAUACAUCUUGUUCUUAAAGUAUAGUAUUUCCUAAAGGCCACUUGAGUAAAGACAGUCUCAUGUAUGUAUCAGUAAUUCAAAGUUACACUUGCUACUGAGUAAUGCCUACUUCCCACCUCUGGGUGAAGGCUGAAUGAACCGGUAAUUCAUCAGCUUUCCUGUUCAACAUUGCACCUACAACAAAAGAAGCAUUUUCUCACGCAUGCUGCUUACAUAACACAAUACAUUUACAUGCUUACAAUACGUGCAUCUUUCAAAGAUAUUUGCAUCUCAUAUGACUAGACACAGACUUUGUUAGGCUUCUGACCAUGGAUUUACAUGUGUUUUGUGUAAAAGGGAUGUUACUGUUCAUUGUUCUUGGAUGGACACAGAGACCUCUUUUAUUUAAUUUAAAUAUGGGUUGACCUUCCCUGUUGUAAACAUGCAGCACAGUGGGAGAACAGUGUUUCCAAGGAGCAUUACACAAAAACAACACAAAAACUAACAUACAUGAAUGUGUUUUGCGAAUCAUAAGCUUCAAUCAAUACUGUAAUAUUUUGCGAAUACGGUCAAACUAAUAAGAACUAAUAUGAACACAUCAAACACAGUACUCCGUGUUUAAUUAGGGAGCAAGUGAGACAGCAAAACAUUCCCUAAAAUGUUGUAUUAAUGGAGACAGCUGUUUUAAAUGGACUCCUCUGGUCAUAAACACCUGAAGUGAAACUGAACUUGAGACACACGUUGAAGUGUUUUAUUGUUUAAGGAUGUGCUGUCAGUUUGCUUUGUCAAACCUGUGGGAAUAUAUUUACCAUCUAAUAUCAUAACAAUAUCAUUAUGUAUGUUUUCUUUUUUUUUACCUUAAAGAGGAGUUGAUAGACAGGGAUACUAAAGUUUCAAUUAGAGUUAGACUGAUUGUCCUCACACUAGUAACCUAUUAAUACAUGUACAGACAAGCCCAUAUGUCACAGUGCAUACCAUCCACAGUGCCUCUAGACAUCACAUUAAAAGUCUUUAUCCCUUUAAAAUAAAUGAGCACCCUGGUGUGGGUGUGUUUCUUUGGUCAAAAGGCGGAGAGGGUCAGCAGCUCUAUAAAGUGAUGUAACUACCCUCCUAACACAUUGUGGAGAGUGAGGAGUCCUCCUCAGUCGGUUCUAGUGGCCAUGGCACAGUUCAUCCAUCUGUCACUGCUGCUGGCAACAAUCCAGCUGCCUUUGGGGUUUUCAGCAACACAGAUAUGGCUCCGAGAGGGAAUCACUUUUAAAUUUACUGGAGGAGGGAAAGUUAAAAGUUGUUCCAAAAGUGUCUUGGGUGACACUGUUAUUGACAAUACACCGGGCAAGUCCUCCAACCUCCUGAACGACAAGACUCUGACCAUUAACAAACCAAAACUCAACUGUAACUUCGUCUGCUAUGGUAACAAAAAGGAGGUUCCAGUCCUGUAUCUGAACGUAACAAGAGGUUGUAUACGGACAUUUUUCUAUGGUGUGGAUUUUUCCAAAGGUAAAAAAACACAGAUCGAAGGCACAACUAAAGCUGGCUGUAGGAGAUGCUGUACUGAAGAUGAAAACUGCAAAUACUUUACAUCUCAUACAAAGAAAGGAAAGGAAAAUGAUAAAGGAAAAUGUUUCCUGUUUUCAUCAAGUGAGGAGCUGCACCUAGAAAUAGGAAAAAGCAAUGCUGUCUCAGGGUACCCUCUGAGGAACUGUACAGAAACAAAUGGUGGUGAUGAAGGUCUCACGUUCUACCAGGAAGCCAAAAGCUGGAUUGAUGCCCUGGAGUACUGCCAGGACGAAAGGGAAAAUUCCUCCCUGGUUCAUAUCACCAACCAGACAGUGCAGAACGCAGUGAAAUCUCUCCUCGCACACAAGAAUGACAGCAUGAAGAAUGGGGCGUGGAUCGGCUUGGAGCGGUCCAUCUUUGGCAAAGCCCCCCCCUGGAUGUGGACUUCAGGGCCACAAGUUCAAGAAUCUUGCAAGCAGUGGAGUAGCAAUUUUCCUGUUGACUGCUUAAACAACCACUGUGGAAAGAUCAUCUGGGUCACAAUUAACGGGUCAAACGAACUCAAGUGGCAGGACGCCUGCUGCCACGAGCAGCUACCUUUCAUCUGCCAAGCUAUGAAUGAAAGGUCUGGCCAUGAUGAUGACCAUUGUGGCGAUCCUCUUACAUAAAGACUGUGUGGCAUUCUGGAGACACUGGAACUUCUUCCACUAUUCAUUUUGAUAUGAAUUAUCUUUAAAUACAUUCACUUUUUGACUGCUUAGCUUUCCUUCCCUGUAAAACCAAUACACACAUAUAUAAGUAUAUUGUAAGUAAUGUAAUGCAGGUGCUUCAUGUUCAUUAUCAUUCAUCUAAUAAACAAUUUCAUCUCUUAA